ACCUCUCUAUUCUCAGCUUCUGGUAUUCUGAUAUCUGGUUUCUCUCAAGGCUUUUUUCAUUCCUCAUCUGGGUUCUCUUUCUUGUUUCUAGAUUUUGUGUUGAAACAGUGAACAAAAUGCAAAAUACUGCGCAUUUCGUGUUCGGAAUCUUUGGAAAUAUUAGUGCACUGUUCCUCUUCUUGGCUCCAAUGAUAACAUUCUGGAGGAUUAUAAAGAGCAAGUCCACAGAGCAGUUUUCGGGCAUUCCAUACGCGAUGACCUUGCUCAACUGCCUUCUUUCUGCUUGGUAUGGCCUACCCUUUGUGUCAAAAAACAAUCUUUUAGUUUCAACAAUCAAUGGCACUGGUGCAGGAAUAGAGGUCAUAUAUGUGUUGAUCUUCAUCGUCUAUGCCCCAAAGAAAGAAAAAACCAAGAUUUUGGGGCUCUUCGCGUUUGUGCUCACCUUUUUCGCAGCCGUGGCCUUGAUCUCCCUCCUAGCCUUGCAUGGCAAUACCAGAAAGCUCUUCUGUGGCUUUGCUACUGCCGUUUUCUCCAUAAUCAUGUAUGGCUCACCUCUAUCAAUCAUGAGGACUGUGAUUAGAACAAAGAGUGUUGAAUUCAUGCCAUUUUUCCUGUCACUGUUUUGUUUCUUGUGCGGCACUUCCUUUUUUCUCUUUGGUCUGCUCGGCAAUGACCCUUUUGUAUAUGUGAACAAUGGGUUCGGUUCUUUUCUUGGGGUCCUGCAGCUGAUUCUGUACUUUAUCUACCGUAAAAACAAAGGCAAGGACAAGGACAAAAACGAGAACAAAAACAAAAACACCGCUAUAGUAUCCAUGGAGCUGGGACUUCCUGAUGAACCCAACAAAGAUAAGGAGCUAUCCAACACAAACGGUACUCAGGAUGGCCACGUAUAAACUCGUAGCUUCUGCCCUUUUGGGGGCGUGAGACUGUACCCCCAAUCAUUUUCUUCAAUCGUGCUCUGCCUCUAGUAUCAAAAAUUUAGUUCUAUUGUGUGCUGAAUAUUUACUCUGUUCCUAAUAAUCUUCUAAUGAAACAAUGCUAUUUUGGAAGGCACAGAUCAUGGUACAAACAAAAUGUAAAAUGUUGACUGAAUCUGGGGAUAUGUCUUUUGAAAUGGUUUCGAUUUCCAUUUUUUUUUUUCCUUUCUUUCUAUAGUGGAUUAAGAUUUUACAUAUGAUAAAAUGUUCUGUAAGAGGGUACUAUCUUAUCAUGUUCAUCACAUGAUCGAUGAGAUGAAGUACUGUUUUAAUUUCAUGAAGCUACCCAAUGUGCUAAUGCCAUGACUAGUUCAUUGUGUACAUUUGUAUUUUGCUUUGUUAUAAUAAAAUGGAUCUGUAUUAUCAUA